UGGCAUGUCUCUGCGUUUUGUUUUUCACUGGUGAACAGUGUUCAGGCGGCCCGCCAGGUUACGGUGUUCAGGUGGCCCACACGCGCCAGGUUACGGUGUUCAGGUGGCCCACACGCGCCAGGUUACGGUGUUCAGGCGGCCCGCCAGGUUACGGUGUUCAGGUGGCCCACACGCGCCAGGUUACGGUGUUCAGGCGGCCCACACGCGUCGGGUUACGGUGUUCAGGUGGCCCACACGCGCCAGGUUACGGUGUUCAGGCGGCCCACACGCGCCGGGUUACGGUGUUCAGGUGGCCCACAUGCGCCAGUUUACGGUGUACAGGUAGCCCACAUGCGGCAGGUUUUUUGUGGCCCACACGUGCCGGGUUACGGUGUUCAUGCGGCCCACACUCACUGGGUCACGGUGUUCGGGUGGCCCACACACGUGCUGGGUUACGGUGUUCAGGCGGCCCAGACUCACUGGGUCACGGUGUUCGGGUGGCCCACACACGUGCUGGGUUACGGUGUUCAGGCGGCCCACACUCACUGGGUCACGGUGUUCGGGUGGCCCACACACGUGCUGGGUUACGGUGUUCAGGCGGCCCACAUUCACUGGGUCACGAUGUUCGGGUGGCCCACACACGUGCUGGGUUACGGUGUUCAGGCGGCCCACACUCACUGGGUCACGGUGUUCGGGUGGCCCACACACGUGCUGGGUUACGGUGUUCAGGCGGCCCACACUCACUGGGUCACGGUGUUCGGGUGGCCCACACACGUGCUGGGUUACGGUGUUCAGGCGGCCCACACUCACUGGGUCACGGUGUUCGGGUGGCCCACACGCGUGCCGGGUUACGGUGUUCAGGCGGCCCACACGCGCCAGGUUACAUUGUUCAGGCGGCCCACACUCACUGGGUCACAGUGUUCGGGUGGCCCACACACGUGCUGGGUUACGGUGUUCAGGCGGCCCACACGUGCUGGUUUUCGGUGUUCUGGCGGCCCACACGUGCCGGGUUACGGUGUCCUGCUAGCCGACAUGCUCCAGGUUAUGGUUUUCUUGUGGCCCACACACGCUCCGGGUUACAGUGUUCAGGCAGCCCACACACACGCGCCGGGUUACAGUGUUCAGGUGGCCCACACGUGCCGGGUUACAUUGUUCCAAGCGGCCCACACGCGCUGGGUUACGGUGUUCAGGUGGCCCACACGCGCCAGGUUACAUUGCUCCAAGCGGCCCACACGCACUGGAUUACGGUGUUCAGGUGGCCCACAUGCGCCAGGUUACGGUGUUCAGGUGGCCCACACGCUCCAGGUUACGGUGUUCAGGUGGCCCACACGCUCCAGGUUACGGUGUUCAGGUGGCCCACACGCUCCAGGUUACGGUGUUCAGGUGGCCCACACGCUCCAGGUUACGGUGUUCAGGUGGCCCACACGCUCCAGGUUACGGUGUUCAGGCGGUCCACACGCUCCAGGUUAUGCUGGCUGCUCCCACAUCUGUCCACAUUCCCUGUGUCUGCUUACCUUUCACUGUAAUUCACCAGUGACUCCCCCCUUGUCCAUGGUCUCCUCACCUGCCCAUAUCCGCCCUCCCCUACAUACACCUACAUUUCUCCUUUCUCUGCUUCCCCCACCUUUGAUUUUGUUCCUAGCUCUGGCUCAGCCUGACUGGAGCUAAUUAUAAAAUCAAUGGUGGCCGGCUGGCUGUUUUAUGGUCUGCCUUAAAGCUGUAAGUGAGAAAUCACAGCAGCAUUGACAACUCCCUCAUUCUUUAUCUCUUUUAAUUAGUAAUGUAAAAAACAUAAAGAGCUCGGCUCCAGGAUAUCCACUUGGUAUACAGCGGCUCCUGUCCCCUUCCUCCUGUUCACCUCUCCCUACCCCUCCUAACCAGUCACUCUCUGUUUUUAUCUCUCACUCUUUUAUUACUUUACCUCUUAAAUAUUUUAGACCUGCACUCUUGGUCUCUCCCUCUCUCAUUUUCCUCAAACAUGGGUGUGAGAUGUAAUCUUUCACCUUCUCCUGACCUUCUUACCUGCUCCUCCUCCACUAGAUAUAACCCAUGCUCCCCCGUCCUCUUGCCUGGUUGGCUCACCUAUUCGCCACUUCUCCUGCAGCCUGUCCUGUCCUGGGCCACUUCUCUAAUGUGCAAAAUGUAGCUGCUUGAGGCUUACACGAGAUUUUGGUGUUUUAUGAUAACACCAGGGGCCCACUUUGGACCCUCUAAUCCCCCAGUCAGCAUAGGGACAGCAUGACUGCCAGAACCAUGAACCAGGAGGGAACACUCGGCUUGAUGUGUAAUUGCCAGGGGCUCACCGUCACCUGGAACCAUUAUGAAAAAAAAAACUAACCAAAAAAAUACACAUUUAGCAUGCUAUUCCAACACUUCUAAGGAUUUAUCAGCAAGGUGUAUGUCUGUAUGUCAUUUAUUACCAGUGCAUUGCCAUUUUAAAAAGUCCAGAUACGAAUACGAGUAAAACCGUCGAUGUGAUUCGUGCUUUGCUCUCCGAGAAAUAAAAUAGAAGCAGUUCAUAAAAAGGGGUAUCCUAAGUUUAUACAGUCAGGCUUCAAGAUUGCUUUCUCCACACUGAUCUAUUUUAAUUACCAAAGGCUGUGAGACUGUGAUUCCGAAAGGAUAGACAGGAGCUGGUCACGCUCAUUAAAGGGAAGUGUAUGAGGAGGCUUUGAGGGCGCGCGGCAUGGUCAACGCUAAAGUGCUGACGCUGGAAGCUGCGCGCUCCCCUGCUUGAAGAAUCAGCAUCUGCGUGGCAGAAGAGCUGCGGCCUGGAUCUCUGCAUAUUCAGCUCUGCAAUCAGAUAAGCUCCCCAUCUACUUGCUUCUCUGCUCCUGCUGCACGCCGCCCACCCCCUUUUCCCUCGCUCUCUUUCUCCUUCUUAUGCUUAUCCUACAUAUUUUUCUCUCCACCAAGGCCCAUUUUCAGCUGCCAAGAUCAAAUAUAAAUGAAGGGAGAAACGCAUAAAAAGGAGAAAUAAAAGGUGCCGCGCGGAAUUUUAACAUCCUCUCUACCACCGGGUCUCUGGCUCACUCCCCCCGGCGUUACCAUGGUAACGUGUCUAGCACAGGUUGAAUAUACGAGGUCGUUUAGUGCUUCCUUGUAAAACUGUGUAUAAUGUAUGGACCUCGUUUAAAUCCUUGCAGCACUAUUUCGGCCUCUAUUUCAUGAAAGUUAAUUUUAGCAAUAAUUUAAUUAGUGGAAUCCUAUUUGCAUUUAUUGCGGUCUUUCGGUCUUCCUAUUAAUAAAAAUGACCGCGCCAACAAAA